ACCUGUAAUAUUAAGAAACUGGGAAUUUUAAUACAUCAAUCAGUAACAGAGAAAAUUACACUAUUGAAAGUAGGUUGAGUAUCUAUGUCCAUAUGAUUAUCGAUGUCUCAAUAGACACAUCGUGAAAAACGAGCGUUCUUAAAUUUAUUUUAAUGCUUUUAAAUUCAUCAAUAUAACUAUUUCAGUAUAGAGUCAUAUAAUUUUUUAAGUAGUUAUACAAAUUUACGAAAUUUUCUCAAAUAAAUGAUAUUUAGGAAGUAUGGGGAAUUUACUUAAAUUUUUUUCUCCUAAAUUCUAGAUAGUUGCGUGCGUCAUUUAAAGCUUAAAGAACACAGCGAUUUCAUCAGUCAACCUCUCAAGCUCUUCAAUUAAUACACUCCAUUAAUAAUAAGUUGCCCAUUAUCUUUUUAUAUAACUCAAGCAAGCAUUAUUAACCUUUUGCACUCUAAGAUUUUUUGCUAUUGUUCUUUUUUUUUCGGAUUUGCACUUUGAUUUUGUUUCAUACUUCCUAAAAUUUAAUUAAGUCUAUCUAUAAGUAUGUUAAUUUCUCAUUUCGUAUUAGAAGUUAGAAGUAUUUGGGCGUUUAAUAGAAUAGAAGAAACCAGAAACAUAUUUGUUGUGUCAAUAAGCGUUAUGCAUUUGUAAUAAAUAUACUGAAGUAGUGCGAAUUCAACAUGGCGACUUACAAUAUUCCCGAUGAUCGUGAAAUAAGUCAUAAAGAAACAUUCAAACCACAAAUAAUUUUAUUAUUCAGUGGUAAAAGAAAAUCUGGGAAAGAUUAUAUUACAAAUGCUUUGCACGAAAGAAUUGGACGCGAUAAGAGUGAAAUUAUAAGACUGUCUGGACCAAUUAAGUUUCACUGGGCUAAAUCUCUUGGUCUGGAUAUCGAUCAGCUUUUAGGAGAUGGAAAAUAUAAAGAAAAUUAUCGCCUUGAAAUGGCAAAAUGGGGAGAGAACAUCAGGAACAAAGAUUAUGGCUAUUUCUGUCGUGCAGCUCUAGAAAUGUAUAAUGCAUAUAGCAAACCUAUAUGGAUAGUAAGUGAUACAAGAAGAAAAACUGAUAUACAAUGGUUUAUGGAAAAUUUUAAGAAUACAUGUAAAAUAAUUCGCAUUGAAUCAGAUGAUUCAAUUAGAAGCAAACGUGGCUGGAUGUUUACUCCAGGUAUUGAUGAUUCAGAAACUGAAUGUAAUUUGGAUGAUGUAGAUAUAUGGGAUUUGAAAGUGAUAAAUAAUAAUGAGAGCAUAGAAUAUAUAUUAGAGCAAAUAUUAAAACUAAUUAAUUAGUGAACCGUAUCACAAAUGUAUAAAUUAACAUUAUGUACAUAUAUAUAUAUGUAUGUAUGU